AUGGGGACCGAAACUCUACUUUUGAGCUGGGGAGCCGCCACACUGCUGGCGCUAGCGGCUAUGCCUGGAGUUCUGGCCGCCAACAGCAGCGGCAGAUGGUGGGGCAUAGUGAACGUGGCGUCCUCCACCAACCUACUGACCGAUUCAAAGAGCUUGCAACUGGUGCUGGAACCGAGUCUGCAGUUGCUUAGCCGCAAGCAGCGGCGGCUAAUUCGUCAAAACCCGGGGAUCUUGCACAGCGUGAGCGGCGGUUUGCAGAGCGCUGUGAGGGAGUGCAAGUGGCAGUUUCGGAAUCGACGCUGGAACUGCCCCACAGCUUCAGGACCCCACGUUUUCGGCAAGAUAGUCAACCGAGGAUGCCGAGAGACUGCUUUUAUUUUCGCCAUCACAUCUGCUGGGGUGACACACUCGGUUGCUCGCUCCUGUUCCGAGGGUUCCAUAGAGUCUUGUACUUGCGACUACCGGCGACGUGGCCCGGGAGGUCCGGACUGGCACUGGGGCGGCUGCAGUGACAACAUCGACUUUGGUCGCCUCUUUGGCAGAGAAUUUGUGGACUCUGGGGAGAAGGGGAGGGACCUGCGUUUCCUCAUGAAUCUUCACAACAACGAGGCGGGGCGCACAACUGUGUUCUCGGAGAUGCGCCAGGAAUGCAAGUGCCACGGGAUGUCGGGCUCUUGCACUGUGCGCACUUGCUGGAUGAGAUUGCCCACGCUGCGUGCGGUGGGUGACGUGCUGCGGGACCGCUUUGACGGCGCCUCGCGCGUGCUCUACGGCAACAGGGGUAGUAAUCGCGCAUCCCGCGCCGAGCUACUGCGCUUAGAGCCAGAAGAUCCUGCCCACAAGCCGCCCUCACCUCACGACCUCGUUUAUUUCGAGAAGUCACCCAACUUCUGCACCUACAGUGGGCGCAUGGGCACGGCGGGCACUACGGGACGCGCCUGCAACAGCUCUUCUCCGGCCCUGGACGGCUGCGAGCUUCUGUGCUGCGGACGAGGCCACCGCACGCGCACGCAGCGCGUCACCGAGCGCUGCAACUGCACCUUCCACUGGUGCUGCCAUGUCAGCUGCCGCAACUGUACCCACACACGAGUGCUGCACGAAUGUCUUUGAGGGAGAGGAUCUCCCUGCCUAGGCACCUGCGAAUCCACAGCCUCUGAGGAAAAUUACCUUCUGGACUCUUGCCCUGCAUUGCAGUCACACACCCCUGGGAAUGCCAGGAGAACUCCCGGGUCAGAAACUUCUCUCCUCGUUUCCCGUGGUCCACUAAUGCCCUC